CAACCCUCACGACAUAUCAUAUCUGUCACCAAUAAGACGGAGAGGCUCGUAAAUAGGGCUGAGCAAAUGUGGCUACUGAGCGUCAGCACUUGAACGAUUCGCCACACGGCGCUUGCUGGGUUGCGGCCGAUACGGAUAGGAAAUUUUGUGUCCUUCUCCGACGAAAGUAUCUUUCUGAUUUCAGGAUCCACGGCUUGAUGAUUGACGGGCAGCCACAAUCAAGGGAACAAUGCUCAUCCGUCAGUCAAGUACCCGUCGGUUCCUGCGCUGGCGUUCAUGCAAGGCUGUUGAAUGGUGCAGGCGGCAUCGAUUCCUGCUUCUCGAUCCGACCCCAACGGAUCUGGAAUCGCAAACCAUCCAGUCGGUGUAAACAGCGAGCAUUUGGACAGAGACCUUUUUUUGAGAUAUAUGGCAUUACCACUCCCACUAGUUCGUAUUCCUCUAUGGGGUACCGGACUGCGGUCAAUAUCUCGGAUUCUUAUCUCUAUACACGAUCGUUACACAUUUCUGAAGGCUUCUUUCUAUGCUUCUUUCCAUGUUCAUGCGUAUCCAUUUUAGUAUAUAUUGUUACUGUACCUCCUUUGCUAUUUCCGUUACGCUCAUCCUACAGACCUGUAUCAACAUAGCCUUCUACUGUCAAUUUCUCUCCCAACGGAAAAUUUGGAAGGCGUAGUCACAGAGGGGAGACCGUUUAUCUGGCCCAAAUCCGCGUACUCAAUCACACGCACUGCCACGAG